ACAAAUUUACAAAGGGUAACCCUGUAGAUUUCUAGUCAAAAAAGAAAAAUGCCGCUGCAAAAAAGAAACGUAAUGAUAAAGGUUGGUUUCCUGCGUUGACAAGGGAAUUCGUGUAAUUUAUGUUAUAGUUCCAAGCUUAUACUAAUAAAAUGUUCGAAAUGAAUACGGCCGAACCAAUGCAAGUGGAUGUUCCACUUGAAGAUAAUGAAAACAAUGAAACAGAAUGUUAUGUGGUUGAAAAUCCUACUUUAGACUUGGAGACAUAUGCUGCCUCAUACACAGGUUUUGCUAAGUUGUACAGAUUGAUGUUUGUAGCAGACCACUGUCCAUCUUUAAGAUUAGAAGCCCUCAAAAUGGCUAUAGCAUAUGUCAUGACAACCUAUAAUGUAAAUCUUUAUCAAACUCUCCACAAAAAACUUGCUGAAGCUAUAGCAAUUGCAGGCUUACCAGAUGUAGCUGUACAGAUGGGUUCACAAGAUAUCCCUGUUCUUGACUCAAUGUGGGUGGAAUCCAAAACUAAAAAAGCUGCUAUAAAGUUGGAAAAAUUAGAUACAGAUCUUAAAAAUUACAAAACAAAUUCUAUAAAAGAAAGCAUUAGAAGGGGACAUGAUGACUUAGGUGAUCACUACCUAGACUGCGGUGACCUAACUAGUGCUCUAAAGUGUUAUUCUAGAGCUAGAGAUUACUGCACAAGUGGCAAACAUAUAAUAAUGAUGUGCCUCAAUGUAGUAAAGGUUUCAGUGUAUUUGCAAAACUGGGCACAUGUCUUAAACUAUGUUUCUAAGGCAGAAGGAACACCAGAUUUUAAUGAAGUUCCUGGAAAAGAUUCAAAUCAAGCUAUACUUACUCGUUUAAAAUGUGCUGCAGGCUUAGCUGAGUUAGCAACUAAGAAAUACAAGUCAGCUGCAAAGCAUUUUCUAGCUGCCAGUAUCGAUCACUGUGAUUAUCCAGAACUUCUUAGUAGCAAUAAUGUAGCAGUUUAUGGAGGACUAUGUGCAUUGGCUACUUUUGAUCGAUCUGAGCUUCAAAAACAAGUAAUAGUUAGCAGUUCUUUUAAAUUAUUUUUAGAACUAGAACCACAGUUACGAGACAUAAUUUUUAAAUUUUAUGAAUCUAAGUAUGCAUCCUGCUUAAGGUUACUUGAUGAGAUACGUGACAAUCUUCUUCUAGAUAUGUAUUUAGCACCACACUUAAAUUCUUUAUACAUGCAGAUACGCAAUAGAGCCUUAAUUCAGUACUUUAGUCCCUACUUGUCAGCUGACAUGCGACUAAUGGCUGCUGCCUUUAAUCGCACAGUAAAUGCUCUUGAAGAUGAACUAAUGCAAUUAAUACUUGAUGGGCAAAUUCAAGCACGCAUUGAUUCCCAUAACAAAAUACUCUAUGCUAAAGAUGUGGAUCAGAGGAGCACUACUUUUGAAAGAAGUCUUGCUAUGGGGAAAGAAUAUCAGCGACGGACAUCCAUGUUAAUUCUACGUGCUGCCAUGCUGAAAAAUCAAAUACAUGUUAAGAAUGUUGGCCGAGAAACCGGCCCACAAUGUGGUGAGGCUCCUGGCUCCAGUACCAGUCACACACCGCGCACCUUCGAGACCGUGCCCUUGUGAUAAAGUACCUCACAAAAUAGUCAGCAUACAACACUUUUACAUGGCAACUUAAAUAAUUUGUACAUCUAACUCAAAUUGUAUCAUGCAAUGUAAUUUUAUAGGCGAAGCCUUUAAUUAAGAAAUACAUUUACUUUGUCAUGUGAAAUCUUCUCUUUUUCAUUUCGAGUAAACACUUCAAGUACCAUUAAAUACCCGACUUGGGUGUUCUUGAAA